AUUUGACCUUCCUUCUUCCCAGCCGGAGUCACGGUUGACAUGAGUUGUAGGUGGCUUCAUGGUGAAGCUUAUCCGGACAGGAGAAUAAAAUGCAAAUACGUAUCUUUUGAAUGUUGUCGCCAUACAGGGUCUUGCCAGAGUAAACGAAGGGAACAAUGGUGAAGUAUUUCUGCUGCGCAGGUUUGCUAAAAAGCACCUGGGACCAAGUUUGUGUUGCUUACUGGCAACGAUAUCCCAACCCCUACAGUAACCAUGUAUUGACUGAGGACAUCAUUUUUCGGGAGGUUACUCCAACCAACUGCCUCAUUUCCAGACGUCUGUUGACCAAAACUAGCCGAGCGCCUCGCUGGAUGGAGCGGUACCUCCCGAAGCACAUGGCCAGCUCUGCGUAUAUCAUCGAGGACUCUAUUGUUGACCCUCAGAAAAGGACCAUGACCACACUAACAUGGAACAUCAGCCACGCUCGUCUCAUGUCUGUGGAAGAGCGGUGCGAGUACCAAAUCAACCCUGAGAAUGGCAGCUGGACUGAGAUAAAAAGAGAAGCUUGGAUCUCUUCCAAUGUCUACGGGCUCUCGAGGGCUAUUCAGGAAUUUGGUCUUGCAAGGUUCAAGACUAGUGUUACGAAGACCAUGAAAGGCUUUGAAUACGUGCUGGCCAAAAUGCAAGGUGAAACUCCAUCAAGAACCCUCGCCGAAACAGCCACAGAACGGGCAAGAGAGACAGCACUGGCAGCUAAGGAGAAAGCCAAAGACCUCGCCUCACACGCCCAGAAGAAACAAUAUGUGUGAUUAGCUACAUAAAACCACUGGCUCUGUUUCCACUGAUACUGGGACAGAUUUAUCUUUACCCCUCUCAUGGCUCAGUUAUGCAUUGGGGUGAGACAAAUUGAUCCCGGUCAUGGGUAGACACCUCUGUGAGGGGAGCAUCUGACUGAUAUGGUGGGUGGACCACAUAAGGCCUGAGCUGGAUUCGAGAGCCUGUUCCAGCCUCCCCGUUCCUGCACCACACCUUUGAUACCAGAUCCUCUCGGUAUUUAUCAGAGAUAGAGAUCUUAGAAAGGAUUGGUUGAAUAUGGCUCUGGGUGCUAUAAAAUGACGAUAGCACUUUGCCAACCUUGAUACUGUCCUCAGACCUUUGCUCAACCUCUGUGCCCUUCAACAGUAUUUGCUUUUAACUGUUUUUAUGAGUUGUUUUGUAAUCGCUAACUAUUCUUUUACAGAAGCUCAGAUCUGUAUAAUUACAAAAUAUGUGAUUUAAGCUAGGGAAGGCAAUUUAUGUUACAAGCAUUUUUUGUUAUAUUUGUUGAAAUUCUCUUUACAUCCUGAAAGCAAUCAAUUAAUCAAAUGCUCUGCUUAAAAAAAAAAAAAAGAAAGAAAAAAAAUCUGGUAUUUGUGGCUGUCGCAAGCUUGUAAUAAGCCCGUCCAAAUCAUUGUAUUCGGCCCACAUGAAAUGAUUGGAUCCUUGCCUGUCUACCUGCACGCACUCUGCCCGUCUCAUUAAUUGCCUGCCUCCAAAACCUUCUCAGUGAGCAGUCCGUCAGAGAGCCGGACCUGCAGCUCUGAACCGAGUCCCUGAGUGACGGGUCAGUAUCUGAUCUGAUCUGCAUACAAUUCAUGCAGUCCCGUCACUUCCUAUCUGUCAGUGUACCACUGCUCGCCUGGCCUCCAAACUUUCUGUUGCUCGAAUGAGGCAGUAAACAGUUAAACUGUUGGUUCAUGCACGUAUGAAGUGUGUGCAUAUCUACAUCCAUGUUGAAUAUGCCUGUGCCCAUCUGGUGGGAGGGGCUUGGGACAGAAGGGGGAGGGGCUGCAGGAGGAGAGGUGUAUUUUCAAAUUCUGGCUUUUUUCAUUGUUUUUUUUUUUUUUUCCUUUUCCAGAAAACUUCCUAAUGCAGCUUUAAUGCCAAUGAAUAUGUAUGAUUUUUUUCAGUUGUAUUUUCGCUUAUGUUGUCUUUGUUCACCCAAAUGUACCUUAAUCAUCCUACCAAGACUUAUCAUCUCAUUAAUUUUAAGUUUAAGUUCACUGAGUAAGAAGGGUCCAAAUUGUUGACAGGCACUUGUCAUUUAGCACUCUUCAUAUGGUUACCUGGUUGCAGUGGGUCUGUUUGCAUCUAUAUUUGAAAUGUGUGUAUAAAGGCAAAACUGAUGCCUUUGUUUUUCACAUUCAGCUUAGGUCUGAUGAUACAACUCAUGCAACUAUGCGCGCUUACUGUAUCAGUUUGUCAAUAAAUGGACAUUUUCUUUGUAACCAUCA